UCGGCGGGUCAGCCGGCCGGCGGCCUCCGGGCGACCGCCCUUUCCGGUGGCCGCGGUCGCGUGUCCAUGGAGACGGCGGCGCUUUGCGACCUCGCGUUUGCGCGCGCCACGUCACGCGGGGGGGGCGGUUGCUGGGCCGGCGGGGGCGGGGCCAUGGCAGGGGCCCGGGGCUGGACGUGGCGGCCGGUGGCCCGGGACCCGCUGCUGGCGCGGGGCUUCCACUCGUGCACGGAGCUGCAGGGGCGCUUCUACCUGGUGGGGGGGCUCCUGGCGGGAGGCAGCCGGCAGCCCAGCGCGGACACGGUGGUCUUCGACCCGCGGGGGCGCCGCGCGGUGCGGCUGGGCGCGGGGGACGGCCCGGGGCGCAGCCACCACGAUGCAGUGGCCGUGGGGGGCCGCUGGCUGUGCGUGGUGGGCGGCUGGGACGGGGCGCACCGCCUGGCCACCGUGGCCGCGCUGGACACGGAGAGCGAGCACUGGGAGGCGUGGGCCGCCGCGCCGGGCGGCUACAGCCCGGCCGGCCUCAGUGGCCACACGUGCACCCGCGUGUCCGAGCGCGAGCUGCGCGUCGUGGGCCGCGAGGGCGGGACGCGCACGCAGCGCCGCUUCGGCAGCGUCUUCACGCUGCGCCUGGACCCCGACGCCCGCGCCUACAGUUACACGGAGGAAAGCUACCGCACGACCUCGCGCUCGGGACACUGCGCCGCGCUGCUGCAGACCCCAGGGCCGCGGCCGGGCCACCAGCUGCUGAUCGUGGGGGGCUGCAUCUCCCCGGAGUCGGAGGUGGCCGGCCACUGGAGCUGGGGCAAGAUUAAGCUGGAGCCCCCCGCAGCCCCCUGCUUGACGGAACAGCUGGCCAGGCUGGUGAGCGGCGCGCAGGGCGCCCUGCAGGGCCCGCGGGGCCUCCGGCAUCACUCGUGCACCGUGGUGGGGCCCUUCGCCGUCAUCUUCGGGGGAGAGACGCUGACCAGGGCUCGAGACACCGUGUGCGAUGACCUCUACGUGCUGGACGCCCGCCGGGUCCCGCCGUGCUGGUUCCGCUUCCCCUGCGCAGAGCCCGGGAUGAAGCGCUUGGGCCACCGGACGUGCCUGUGGGGUGACCAGCUGUACCUGGUGGGCGGCUUCGGGGCCGACGGCAGGACGGCCAGCCCCGAGGUGUGCGUGCUGGACCUGUUCCCCUGACGCUGGGCCCCAGGGGCCCUGC